AUGGCGGUCAACAGGUUACGGAGUGCGCUGGGCUCGGCGAGAAAGGGAGAGACUUAUGAGCUGCGGGCGGGUCUGGUAUCACAAUAUGCGUGGGAGCGGAAGGAGUCAAUACAGAAGACAAUCAUGUCCAUGACGCUCGGCAAGGAUGUCUCGGCGCUGUUUCCCGACGUCUUGAAGAACAUUGCGACACCCGAUCUGGAUCAGAAGAAGCUGGUCUAUCUUUACCUGAUGAACUACGCAAAGUCACAUCCGGAUUUAUGCAUAUUGGCGGUCAACACAUUCGUACAGGACUCCGAGGAUCCCAAUCCGCUUGUCCGAGCACUGGCGAUACGAACAAUGGGGUGUAUUCGAGUGGAAAAGAUGGUGGAUUACAUGGAAGAGCCACUGCGGAAAACACUCAAGGAUGAAUCGCCAUACGUGCGGAAGACAGCAGCACUCUGUGUGGCCAAGCUGUUCGAUCUCAACCCACUUCUGUGUAUUGAGAAUGGCUUUCUAGAGACAUUGCAGGAGAUGAUUGGCGAUAGUAAUCCCAUGGUCGUCGCAAACUCCGUACAAGCUCUAGCCGAGAUCAGCGACACGGCUCCGGAGACACAUGCACUUGUCAUCACAAGUCAGACACUGAAGAAGAUGCUUCUGGCGUUGAACGAGUGCACAGAAUGGGGUCGAAUCACCAUUUUGACAACACUCGCCGACUACAAAGCUGCAGAUACGAAGGAAUCCGAGCACAUCUGCGAAAGAGUCAGCCCACAAUUCCAACAUGUCAAUCCGUCGGUGGUACUUGCGGCUGUCAAGGUUGUCUUCCUGCACAUGCAGCACAUUGAGAACAACCAGCUACAUGCCACGUAUCUGAAGAAGAUGUCGCCUCCUCUGGUCACAUUGGUGUCCAGUCAGCCAGAAGUGCAGUAUGUCGCUCUGCGGAACAUCGACUUAUUGCUCCAGAAGCAGCCUGGUAUUCUGGACAAGGAGAUGCGCGUGUUCUUUUGCAAGUACAACGACCCGCCAUACCUCAAACUACAGAAGUUGGACAUCAUGGUGCGGAUUGCCAACUCGCAGAAUGUGGAGCAAUUGCUGGCGGAAUUGAAGGAGUAUGCCUUGGAAGUGGACAUGGAUUUUGUGCGAAAGGGAAUUCGGGCCAUUGGACAAGUGGCGAUUAAAAUUGAAGAAUGCGCCGAGAAGGCCGUCAAUGUUCUUCUCGAGCUCAUCAACACCAAGGUCGGGUACGUGGUGCAGGAGGUCAUCGUAGUGAUCAAAGAUAUCUUCCGGAAAUACCCUGGCUACGAGGGCAUCAUUCCGACUCUUUGUCAAUGUAUUGACGAUCUGGACGAGCCGAAUGCGAGAGGAUCCUUGAUCUGGAUUGUUGGGGAGUAUGCGGAGAAGAUUUCGAACGCGGGGGACAUCUUGGCUGGCUUUGUUGACGGCUUCAACGAAGAGUUCGUUCAGGUAUGUUGGUGCAGCCUGAAAAGAAUUGGCAGCAUUACUGACUUGGUGUAGACCCAAUUGCAGAUCCUCACAGCCGUCGUAAAGCUUUUCUUGAAGAAGCCCGAUCAGUCGCAAGGCCUGGUCCAAAAAGUCCUCCAAGCCGCAACCGCCGAGAACGACAAUCCUGAUGUCCGAGAUCGAGCAUAUGUCUACUGGCGGCUGCUGUCUUCCGAUCCUCAAAUCGCAAAGAACAUCGUGCUGGCACAAAGACCACAGAUUGAAUCGACAAUACCUGUGUUAUCCAGGCCGCUCCUCGAAAAGCUCCUCCCAAAUCUUUCAACGCUCUCGUCAGUCUACCACAAGCCGCCAUCGGCGUUCUUGGGCCAAGGACGCAGCUCAGCUCUCCAGGAAGAGGCAAUUGAGGAGGCAAAGCAAAACGCUCGCGAGAACCCGAUCGCUGCAGCCGCGGUAUCCGCCGCCGUUGCUGGUACCGCUGCACCUCAGAUGCAGAACAAUGCGGAAAACCUGCUCGAUAUCGACUUCGACGGGGCUGCGCCGGCGUCAAUGCUGAAAGCCCCGACAAUGGGCAAUUCUGGUCUGGAAGGUCUCGCAGGUACCCCACAAAGAGUCGCCAGCCCAGGCAUCGCAUCGCCUACCGCCGCGACAGCUCCGAGCGGCGGCUUUGAAGAUCUGAUGGGUCUUGGAGGGGACGCGCCUGCUCCAGUGAAUGGAGGUGGAAGUCAAGAUCUAAUGAAUGGCUUUGCGAAUAUGAACAUGGACGACCAGCCCCCUCCCCCGCAACAGCAGAUGAAUGGUGGCGCUGGCGGAAAGAAGACCAAUGAAGACUUGCUCGGACUGUUUUGA